AAUCUCAUCGUAUCGUUAAAGUCAAUGUAAAAUAUUUAUACAAAAAAGGAAGGAGAUAUAAACAAGAUGCAGGGUCGUUUUUCUGCUUGGCUAGUCAAACACGGGCUAGUUCAUAGAUCUUUGGGCUUCGAUUACCAAGGAAUAGAGACUUUACAAAUAAAGCCCGAAGAUUGGCAUUCCAUUGCUGUUAUUUUAUAUGUAUAUGGUUACAAUUAUUUACGUUCUCAAUGUGCUUAUGAUGUAGCACCAGGCGGGCUGUUAGCUAGUGUGUAUCAUCUUACGAGAAUAGAAUACGGUGUGGAUCAACCAGAAGAAGUAUGCAUAAAAGUAUUUGCUUCAAGGAGGAAUCCUAGAAUUCCGUCCGUUAAGAGGCAUGCCCGCGCAUACAUACUAUAUUUGUUUGGUUGCAUCUUAUUCCAAGACAAGAAUGGUAAUUAUGUCUAGUUGAUCUAUUUCUCA